UAAAAAUUUUUAUUUUGUUUCCUCAAAAGAUACACCAUAAAUCUUAUUUACCCCUUAUCUUUCCAAAUCUUUUGUACCUAGAGAAAGGUACUUUAAAUUUCUUAAAGAGAAAGGAGAGAGUAAAUAAAAAAAUAUUAGAUAUCAAAUGAGAUAGAGAUCUACCAGAUUACGCUUCCCGCAGAAUUUUCAGAUACUUUUCUCCCCGUGAGGUACACAACGCUUCAUCUUCGAAAUUUAUCGCUCCCUCUCAAGGUUGCGAUACGCAACUUCUCGCCUCGUCGCUCUCUCAAUGACAGACAAAUGUCCUCGCUGCUGAUCGCGCUGUUCGCGAAUCGCGAACAAAACGCACCUUCCAACUCCCGUCGAGCCGCGUUUACGCAUCUCGAGGACUUGGCGCAUGUGGCACGGCCUCUGCGAAACGGUGCGUACGUGUGCGUGCGCACACGCCUGGUUUUCCUUAAAGAAACGACGCUCUCUCUCUCUUUCUCUUUCUCUCUCGCAUUCUCUUUCGCGUGUAGUUCGCGAUGCCACGAGAUAACGUAACGUUACAACAACGCGCGGGGAACAACGCGCGCGCGAGACCCGGAGUCAGUACGCUCGUGAACGCGUGUCGGGAAGCACGCGCGUUGCGAGUUCCUAGUCGCGAGUUCGGCGGCCCGAGAUCCGGACGUGCCGGGGGCCGCGAUUGAAAGAAAAGACCGGGAAAAAAAAGAAACUGACACUUUCGAAACUUCACGUUUGGCACCAUGAAUAAGACGGAAUUCAACAUUGUCCUGAGCACGGAGCCACCGAGGACGUCUCCGAGCGUGAUUCACUCUCACAUUCCGGUGCCCAGAAUAUCGGCCACGAUCAAGGCCCAAGAGAGAUGUCCUCCAAAGCGCAGAGGAUCCUUCGAGAAGCUCGGCCGCGGGACCGGCAACGUAGCGGCUCAACGAGCGUCUUUCGAAAAGCUCGAAGCUUCAGUCGUACAGCUGAGGUCACGUAACAAUAACCAACUGUCAAGCUCUAGCAUCGAGAUACGAAAUUCCGAGGAGAAGACGACGCCGGCAAGUGGUUACAAGAUGAACGACGUUGUCAGGCUCAACAGGAGCAACAGCUUCCAGGACAGCAAGUGGAAGUGCAAAUACGAGGACUCGGAGAAGAAACGGAAACAUUUGCUGCAAAAGAGCGAAACUGUGAGUAAAGAACACGCUGAUUUGGAGAAAAAAUAUCAACAAUUGCAGAGGGAAAAUAAUGCGCUGCAAUCGCAAAUUCAAGAGAAGGAGCAAAAACUGUUAAAAUUGCGAACAGUUUCUGAGGCCGUGUGUAAGGAAUACGAACAAUUAAAGCAUCAAUAUGACGUGGAAACGAACGCGAUGCAUAAAGCUAUGCAACAAGCUUCUCAAUGGUAUCGACAAAACCGGGAGCUGAAGCGAAGAUCCCAAAUCAUGGCCCAGAAAUUUUUACAUAGCAAUCCGGAUGAGUCACUGCAUUUUGAUGUGUCCGACGAAGUGGACGCGAACUUCGAAGAUCUGGAUCAGUUGAGGCAAACGAUGAAAGAAUUGAGCGGCGAAAUAGCGCGACUGCAAACAGAACUUCAUUCCGCGCGUCUUCAAGAAUUCGAGGCGCAGGAGCAGGUGACGCAGCUGACCACGCAGCUGGAAGAGGAGAGAGCCCUUCGACAAAAAGGUGAGGAAAAAAUUAACGAGAUGAAAGUGCACAAGGAAAACAUGGAAAGAGUCACGAAAAUGGUGGCCGAAGAAGUGCAGACCCUGAAGACGCAAUGUGAUCGCGAGAGAGAAAGCGCAAAAAUGCUAAAAAUGGAAGCCGAGAGGGUUCAAAAAGAACGAAACGUCUUAGCGCAUCAAAGCGCUCUUCUUAUGGCCGAGGUCGGAGACGAUCCGAACGGCAGAUUGUUAACCGUUUUGCAAGAGGUGGAAUCCCUGAAGAGGCUACUGGAGGAGGAACAGCAAAAUCAUGCUUCUCAAGUACAGAUGUUGCAGGAGAAAUUAGAGGAAAAAGAAUCGAAUGUAGAAUUUGAAAUUGUCGAGGAAAAGUUAAAACUCGCGGAAUCUGAAUUAGAAGUAGUUCUACAGAGAGCCGAAAGGGCCGAGAAAUCGGUAGAAGAGCUGGAAAAUGUCGUGCUCUGCUUAAAAGAAAAAAUUAGCGCGUUAGAGGAGAAAGUUUCGAAACCGCCGCCGCCACCGUUACCACCUCCUCCACCUCUGCCGAUGUCGACAACUGGCCAGUCGUCAAUAAAAUUGCUGACGAAAGAAAAAUUGACCUCCGAACGCACUGCCGUAAGCGAUAUGGAGAAUAUGCUUGGCAUUACGCCGAAAAAAUCGCCUGCGGUCGCGCAACAACCCGCUAUCGACGAUAUUAUUAAUCAAAUUAAAGGCGGGCGUUUCACGCUGAAACAAACAGAUAAACAAAGAGAAGAAGAGCGGAAAAGACGACAAGAAGCAGAGACUAAGCCACCAGCAGUUUCUGAAAUGUUAAACAUUCUUGGUACUAUGAGACGAAGAGCUAAGCCGAUAAGACAAUCACUCAAAUUUACAGACACAGCAUCAUAG